CGUAUAUAUACCUAUAAAUCGACGCGUCGAUUUUUACUUUCAAGUAUUUAUCAAAUGGCACAGUCUUUACGGCAAUGCGAACAUGUUUGCCAUACUAGUUUUGUUUUGUGUUUUUUCCCGUCUCGACGCUCUGACGUUCCUGCGAAAACAUGAAGAAAACAAAAACUAUCAAGUUCGAACAUCGAAUGGUUUAAUUCAAGGUUCGAUGGAAAAGAGCGAAAAUGGUGUCAGUUAUUACAGUUUCAUGGGAAUACCCUACGCCCAGCCACCGGUGGGUGAUCUAAGAUUCCGGGAUCCGAAACCAUUAACGUCUUGGUCAGGAGUUCUUAAUACAACUUCUCAAGGGCCAUGCUGUGCAGGUUUCGACACGUUAAAAUUGAAGAAUUUUGAAUUGCUUCCUUACGGAUCAGAAGAUUGCUUGUAUCUAAACGUGUUCACACCGACGAUUUACCGAGCAAACAACAGCCACAAACCAUUGCCUGUAAUGGUGUAUUUUGUAGGUGGGGCAUUCUUCACGGCUUGUCCGCUCAGGUUUAUUUUUGGACCCGACUAUUUUAUGGAAAACGAAGCGGUCUUGGUCACUUUGGCUUCCAGAACUUCAAUGUUUGGCUACAUGAGUACCGAAGAUAUGGAGUGUCCUGGAAAUUGGGCAACGAAAGACCAGAUCGCAGCACUGAAGUGGGUCAAGACAAACAUCCGAAAUUUUGGAGGUGACUCCAAGAAAGUUGUCAUUUUCGGACAAAGCGCAGGAGCAAGCAAUGUGAAUACGCUUUUGGUAGCUCCUAAAGCGAAAGGGCUAUUUCAAGGUGCCAUAAUGCAAAGCGGAUCAAAUUUGUGUCCCUGGGCCUUUCAAGCGACACCAAGGAAGAUAGCAUUCGAUAUAGGAAUGUCCCUUGGAAUAACGACCAACAGUAGCAAAGAGCUUCUGCGAAUUUUUAGAAGCCUCCCGAGCGAAGACCUGAUGAAAGCUCAGAUACUAGCAUUCAUGGCUAACACCGCGCAAAUUCUAACAACUGGUCUCGCGUUUGCUCCAGUUAUCGAACCUCGACAUGAAAAUGCCGCCAUUACUGAUUACACUUAUGACAUAAUGAGGAAGGGUAAUUUCAACAAGGUACCCGUUAUUUUAGGAAUAAACUCACUGGAAAUCAAGUACUUUGAAGGAUUGGUAAAUUUGGCAAAAAUGCCCGUCCUGUUUCUGGCAGACCUUAGUCCAGGAACAUUGGUACGAUUCACUAACUCAAUCCAGAAAAAGACCGACGCGGGGAACCAAAUUGCGUCUUAUUUCACCGGAUCUCGGACCUUCUUGGCUUUGACGCAACAGGAGGUGUUAAAGUAUUUAUCGGAGGACAUGUACGUUAGGCCAAUGAGAAAGACCGCAAGUCUACUAUCCGAACAUACCGCUGUAUAUUUUUAUUAUUUUUCGUACGAAGGAGAUUUGGCCCUGCAAGGUUGCCGUUUCAUGGUUGGCAAUUAUGACAGGAAUGUAAAGGGUGUUGGCCAUGCGGAAGAUAUAUUUUACCAGUUUAAGGCAAAUUUCACCGAUCCAGCAUCUAUAAACGAUCAAUUAACAAUCAAGAGACUGACAAAGCUUUGGAUAAACUUAGCCAAAACGGGGAAUCCUACACCAAGGAGAGACAAAGGAUUGAAUAACGUUCGGUGGCCAACCGUUUCUGGAGCACGCUUUCCAUACCUAGAAAUAAACAAAAAUCUCGUGGUCCAUGCGGAAAACUUUGACGAAGAGAAUAAUCGAUUUUGGGAAAAACUUUAUGAAAAAUAUGCCGAUCGACCUUAUAAAGUGUACUGAUGUUUUUUUACUUAUGUAUUAUGUCGUUUUUUCACUUUUAUUUAGACUAAAAUUUUUAUAUAUUUCAUAUAUUUUUAUUUAGAUUUAUUUCAAAUACAUUUCUCGCACUAAAAACGAUUUUUUCCACUCCC